AUGGCUACCUUGAAACGAAAGUCUCCUGAGUUUGCGGACGCGGCCGAUGUCACGCCUACCGAACCUCCGGCCAAACGUAUGCGUCUUACCCAAAGUCAGAAGCAGGCAAUGGUCGACAACUUACAGCUUGAAAUCACUGAGAGAGCUCGCAAGCUUCGCUCGCAAUAUGCCCUGCAGGCAAAUGACCUUCGAUCGCGCAUUGAACGACGCGUCAACCGUAUCCCCAUCUCUCUACGCAAGGUCACGAUGGGCGAGCUCCUCGACAAGCACUCUGGAAUCUCAAACACAUCACCCAUCCGAAAAGCUUCACCUAUCAAGGCUUUCCGAGCUCCUCCCAGCAUCUCCAUCGAUCAGGCUCUUUCCCCCGCACGCGAUAACCGAUCUCGACGCACAAGCCAUGAUGAUCACUACUCUGACAAAGAAAAUGCUCCGGCAACGGGUGAACCUGAGGGUUUGAAGAACCCUAAGCGUCGUGGCAAAGCCCCUGCUGCUGGCAGUGCCUCGCGUGUUGCUUCCCAAGAAGUGCGAGCAAAUGACAACCGCAUUUUGUCCCCCAAGUCUCUGAACUCACGAACUUACCCACAUUCUCCCUUCCGUGCCUCUCCCGAAAAGGGACAGCCGUCAUACUUGUCACGCCCCACCUCUCCACUGAAACCUUCGAGUCCCCUGCGCGCAGGCGGUCCUAGUUCCCGCCCACGCGGUACUACCAUCUCUACUGUGCGGGAUAACUAUCCAUCCUCUCCAGCCAAGAAAACAACUUCUCGAGCUGCAACCGGCCCCCGGCCCGUCAGGUCACCUCUUCCACGUCCCGCCACUCGACAGGGAAAUGAGCGCAAGAACAGCAUGUCAUCCACAGCUUCUUCGGGAACCACCGUCCAGAAACCAACUCGUACUGGUACCAAUGCGAGGAAGGCAACCACAGGAACCGCCUCUUCCACGGCCAAGAAAGCCGCUGCUGCUCGGCCACAGGCUGCCUCUAUGGCGGUGAAGAAAACCGCAACUACUUCUACAGUGCGCAAGACCACCGCUCCCGCAUCCACAACAGAGGCCACGACCCGCACAAGAGCCCUGCGGAAGCGAGUCUAG